AUGAAGGCAUUUCUCAAGAGGACCAAAAACAGGACAAAGGAUAUUUUGGUGCACUAUAUUCCAUGUAAUUUCACUGGGGACGAAGUUGACGAUGAUGUCAAGGAAAUUGCUGAAAUUUUGAAAAAUGACGUGAGACUGAGUGAAAAAACUAGUCUCGUGUCAAACACAAUGAAAAAAGAGGAAGUAGCAGCAGCUUUCCAUGUAAAUCUCACAGACAUUGGAAAUAUGGUUAUUGACAAAGAGCAAAACAUUGCUGAAGGAAUUGAAGUCAUA